UACAACCCCACACAAAAACCUUUUACUAUAUCCAACGUUACAAGAAAAGAACCCUCAAACUCAUGACCACCACCACGCUUAUAAGCUUCGUACGCCUUACAAAUGUUGCAGCAAUCUUCUUUCACAUCCAAGAAUGGCGUCGUCGUCGCCUCUGCAAAACCUACCGCUGCUGCUUCUGUGUCUCAACUUCUGCAUGUACGCCAUCGUUGUGGGCAUCGGUGCUUGGAGCAUCAACAGAGCUAUCGACCACAGCUUCAUCAUCGAGAAAGGCUUUGUUCUGCCUGCGCAUUUCUCGCCUAUAUACUUCCCCAUGGGAAACGCGGCCACUGGAUUCUUUGUCGUCUUCUCUUUGAUUGCCGGGGUUGUGGGAGUUGCUUCGGCCAUCUCGGGAAUCAACCAUGUUUGUUACUGGGGCAAGGAGAGUCUCCCUGCAGCUGCUGUCGGUGGAACCAUUGCGUGGAGUCUUACGAUUCUGGCCAUGGGGUUUGCGUGGAAACAGAUCGAUUUGAGCCGCAGAAAUAGCCGUUUGAUAACAAUGGAAGCUUUCAUCACAAUCCUGUCAGCUACUCAGCUCUUCUACAUCGCCCUCAUCCAUGCCUCCUAUGUGGUGGCGAAGGGAAUGACACCCAAUGAGGCGGGGGACAAAAAAUCUGCGGUGGCAACGGGAAGAACAUGACAAUCGACGUUGACAUUUAUAUGCUGUUGUGAUUCUUGUUCUUGUUUGAUCUUUGUUUUCAGGAGUUAUUUCUUUUUGUUUGUGUUUGAUUGUACGAAUAGAGAUGGAUUGUUUUGAGUGAAUCAAAUCAAAUAAAAAGGAGUGAGUGCAUGAAUUAUGUUCAA